UCCAGUUGCCGGAAGUAGUGUUUCGGUGUUUCUGGUUGAAUUUGUUGUUCAACUUUUGCGCCGUGUGAUGGUGGCAAGGCGUUGCUUCAAAUUCAGCCAUCCCCCCCAACUGUAAAAAUAUAUGAAUCGGAAUUGCAUUUUCCUUGGACAAAACUCUGAGCAGAAACCAGAAUGCUUCACUUCAUCCAGAAAAUUUCUGGAGCAUCUUCAAAGAUGCUGAGGAACCCUUUUACAGUGAGACUCGGAGCCAGCAGAAUAGACAUACUUUCUCUCAAGACAUGUCUACUGCAGAACUUUCCCUCUUUGCCUCCAAGAACUUGGCUUUCCCCAUCAUUUCAAGUGUGUAUGAGGAAGAUACAAUGCUAUCAUAUGUCAUCACGCAACUUUAAAAAGAAGGAGGCAAUUCUUCCCCCAAAGAAACGAAGCACCAUCACUUACCUACUCGAUAGUCCAAAGCCAGCCUUAUAUAUAACUCUGGUGGGGUUAAUCCCCUUUACUGCUCCCCCACUCCUCAUGGUAAUGACAAAGUCUUAUAUUCCUGUCCUAGCUUUUACUCAGAUGGCUUAUGGAGCCGGUUUCCUAGCUUUCUUGGGAGGGGUCAGAUGGGGCUUUGCUCUGCCAGAAAGUAGUCCAGCCAAACCAGACUACAUUAAUUUAGCUAGUAGUAUGAGUCCUGUUCUGUUUUCAUGGGCAGCCAUCCUAUUUUCUGAAAGACUCAAUGUAGCCACCGUCACAUUAGUAAUAGGUUUAGGAAUAGCGUUACACAAUGAACUUUUCCUCUUACCACAUUAUCCCAGCUGGUUCAAAGCCUUAAGGAUUGUAAGUACUUUAGUGGCUUUUAUCUCAUUUGUAGUCACUUUAUUACUUGAAAAUAUUUAUCCAGAAAAAGGGCCCAAGAGACUUGAUUAAAUAGAAAUAUAAAACUACUUUCUUGAUAUUAUUUACGGUGUCUGUGGAGGCCAGAAGACUGUUGAAUCCCCUGAAGCUAGCUUUUUUUUUUUUUUUUAAA